GAAAGGAUGGAGGCUUUUCGAGUGGUUCUCACGUUGAUUGUGUUGAUAGCUGUUUGUGAAUGUGGGGUGACGGGCAUGGAAUCCGAGGCCGGUCCAGGUGUCACAUGCACAUGCUGCCGUUCAUCUUGGUGCAAUCUGUCAAGUCCUCCACUCUGCUUUUGUGCUGAUAUGUGGGAAUGCUGCCCUUACUGGUGUAAAACUUGUUCGUGCACUGGAGGGGAUUCGAAAAGGACACAAUGUCAAUGCUUGGAUUCCUUCGAACGUUUCCCACCGCGUUGUCCGGAUCAGCCGUCUGGUUUAUUGGAAUUGAAAACCAUCUAAAUCUGAUAUGAAUGGCAAUCCACCAGUAUAAAUAAAUGAAAAUAUACAAAGAGACUAUUUAUCUUAACAGGUCACAAUCAUUUUUAUCGGCCAUAUUUCAAAUGGGGUAGUAAUAACUUGCGAGUGUAUUAUUAACUAGACUCAAAGUUGGAAAUAAUAAUAAUAAUAAUAAUCUUCUAA